GAUGUCAUCUAUCCAUACAUCUCAUGGGGAGGCAAUUGUGUAGUAAUUGAAAGUGAUGAAUUCUACAGAGCUGAUGAGGUGGAGGAUGAUAGAAUCAAGGUUGUCAUGAGGAUGAUAGCCGCUAAGCAUGACUUCAGUGACCAUAUUUGGGAGUUCGAAGAGACACCAGAAUUUUCUUUUGGGGUUAAUGACAAGCAAGAAGAGGCUGAUGGAGUAUCUGAGGAUGAUGGAGUAUUAGGGAAUGAUGAAGGAUCCAAAACUGAUGAAGAUGCUCCCAAGAAUGAUAAAGAAGAUGGGAGUGAUGAAGAGUUUCAAACUCCAAGAGGAACAGCGAACACAAGCUCUGGAGGUAGAAAGGGAAAGAAGAGGCUCCCGGAUCGUGGAAUGGAAAAAGGGAAGCAAAAGGUUCUCUCCACUAGACCAAAAGGUCCUGCUCCGUUUAGUGAGGAUAUGAAGAGCUUUGUGGCGAAUUUGUUACAGCAGAACUUUUCGGCAAUGGAAGAAAGGAUACAUAAACAGAUGGGCAUCACCUAUUUUGCCAUCUUUUCAACACUAACAAAGGCACUUCCUUAUAUAGUUAGGAUGCUCAAUAUAUCAUCAUAA